AUGUCAAAUAACGAUAGUCAAAGAAAAGAAAACAAUACUCAAUCAAAUAUCACUGCUGGUGGUAAUGCUGCUUUCCACAAUUAUAUAAAUGAAUUUGCUGACAUCGAAGAUCCACUAGAAAGAAGAAGAUUAGCUUUGGAAAAAAUUGAUGAAUCUCCAUUUGGUUGGCAACAAAUACGUACUAUCGCUAUAGCCGGUGUUGGGUUCUUAACAGACUCAUAUGAUGUUUUUGCCAUCAAUCUUGGUGUGGCAAUGCUAUCUUAUGUUUUUUGGCAAGGAUCUAUGCCAGACUCAACUGCGACUCUAUUAAAAGUAUCAACCUCUGUAGGUACUGUCAUAGGUCAAGUUGGUUUUGGCUGUCUAGCUGAUAUUUUGGGACGUAAAAAAAUAUAUGGUCUAGAAUUAAUUCUUAUGAUCAUCUGUACAAUUCUACAAUGUACUUUGGGUGAAUCUCCUGGGGUCAACUUCGUUGCAGUAUUGACUUUUUACAGAAUAGUCAUGGGUAUCGGUAUUGGUGGUGACUAUCCAUUGUCUUCAAUCAUAUCCUCCGAAUUCGCUACUACGAAAUGGAGAGGCGCAAUAAUGGGUUCUGUCUUUGCUAAUCAAGCUUUCGGUCAAAUCCUUGCUGGUGUUGUGGCUAUGAUUCUUAUUGUAGCCUACAAGGGUCAAUUGAUUAAUGCAAAUACAGGUGCCGAAUGUGGUCCUGCUUGUAGAUUGGCCUGUGACCAAAUGUGGAGAAUCCUUGUUGGGUUCGGUGCAAUCCCUGGUUUAGCUUGUCUUUAUUUUAGAUUGACAAUCCCUGAAUCUCCAAGAUAUGCUUUAGACGUUGAUAUGCAAUUCGAAUUAUCCACAAAUAGAGAUGAUAGUGUCGAUGAAAAGAAUGAAGUUGAUGUUCACACUUGCGACAGAUCCCAAGUCACUACUACACAACAAGUGUUACCAGAAAAGAAGGAAGCCUCAUUUAAAGAUUUCUGUCACCAUUUCGGUCAAUGGAAAUAUGGUAAGAUUCUAUUAGGUACUGCUGGUUCCUGGUUCACUCUAGAUGUUGCCUUCUACGGCAUUUCAUUGAACUCUGCUGUUAUCUUACAGACUAUUGGUUAUGCUGGUUCAGAAAACGUCUACUGGAAGUUAUACAACUCUGCUGCAGGUAAUUUGAUUUUAAUCUGUGCUGGUUCUUUACCUGGUUACUGGUUCUCCGUGUUCACAAUCGACAUUAUUGGCAGAAAACCAAUUCAAAUGAUGGGGUUCAUCAUCCUAACUGCUUUAUUCUGUGUUAUUGGGUUUGCCUACAAUCAACUUGGAGACAAUGGUCUAUUGGGUCUUUACAUUUUAUGUCAAUUUUUCUGCAAUUUCGGUCCAAAUGUUACUACUUUUAUUGUUCCAGGUGAAGCCUUCCCAACAAGAUAUAGAUCCACAGCUCAUGGUAUCUCUGCUGCAGCAGGUAAAAUUGGUGCCAUUAUUGCCCAGACUGCAUUAGGUACUUUGAUUGAUCACAAUUGUAGUCGUGAUGGAAAACCAAAGAAUUGUUGGUUGCCACAUGUUAUGCAAAUUUUUGCUCUAUUCAUGUUAUUAGGUUGUGUCACUACUUGGUUCAUUCCUGAAACUAAGAGAAUGACUUUGGAAGAAAUUAGUGAAAAAUAUCAUGAUGAAAUUAAUCCAAUAAAUUAUGCAACUUAUUCUACUGUUUCUGCAACUUCUUCUAACAAUGAAGAAGAGGUAUAA